CUUGCAACUGAGCUGUUUAUUUAGCUGGUAAAUAUUGUUCGAAGCUGCAUGAUCGAAAGCGGCAACAUCUCAAAAGUCAACGGGCUCAGGAUUUGCCUCGCAUUCUUUUCAAGCUGAGAGCAGCUGGUGAAGCUGGUCCUGCAAUGGUGAAGACUGCAAGAUGCAAUCCAUACCUGACAUUGUCAUAAUUUCCCGCAUACAUCGGGCAACUUGUAGCUAAGUAGCUUAUGCCUCAAUCUGCACACCAGGGUGCUUCUGAGCUUCUUGCUUGGUAUCAAGUGGGCCAACUUGUCAUUUGUAGUCACAAGAACGACCUUCAGCAUUCAGCAAAUUAAAGCGAGCUCACCAGCGGUGCGCAGUGCCGCUUCAAUUGUCCAUGGCUGCUUCCAUGGCGCUAACCAAGCCCCUCCUGUACUUCUUUCCUCCAUCAUAUGCCACAAUGAAGGCACGAGUUCUGAUGGAGGAGAAGGGUAUCGAGUACGACUUGGAGCUCGUUCACACCUUCCUGUGUGAAAACCUGCAGCGCAGUUACGUGCAGAAAGUGAACCCUAAGGGCACUGUACCUGCUCUUGCCCUCCCCAAUGGGACUAUCCUUACGGAGUCUCUGGAGAUUAUGAAGUGGGCAGACAACCACGAUAACGCACCCCUCGGUGGCUCGUCGGUUGACAGAACAAAGGUCGACUUUUGGCUGGACGCUAUGGAUAAGUUUGACGGGAACUACUUUAUAUGGGCGCUUUGUCCCCCUCCGCUAGGGCCCAUCCUGCACGACCAGCUGAUCUUCAAGAAGGCCUUUGUGGAGCAACACGCAAAGUUCGUGGCCGAGCUGGCCCAAUUCUACACCGAGAAGGCGAACUGGACUGCACAGGAGAUCGAGAAAUUGAAGGACGAGGACGCGAAGAAUUCAAUCAAAGACGAGGUACGUCGGCUGGUGCAGACUGCGGAGAAGCAGCUCGCCUCCACCGAAUUCGUAGCUGGGGAAGCUGUCUCAGCUGCAGAUGCAAUGUUCGCUACGCUCCUCAAUCGGGUCGAGAUGGCGCAGCUUGGGCCGGAACUACUCGCGGACGCGCCCAAAGUACAGGAGUACUGGGAGAAGUUCAAGGCCCGGAAGAGUUACCUCGCGUCUGUCCCAGCAAGCUUGUGAUGGAAGGACGGCUUUAAAAUGCUUAUGGGAGCUGUUCAAAGUAGCGUGGGUCGAAAUUGUAAGGGCUCGAAUUAAAACCCAUAAGAAACCGUGCGCGGUCAAAAGAUUGAUUACCUACGUACUGAAACUUGUAUACUCCGAAGACGUGUUGUGUUGGUAGUUUGAUUGUAGUUGACGUGCGAGCUCGUAUAAAGAUCCAGUAGAAAUUGUUUCUCGUUCAGUGGUUUUGCACGGUAAUCCUCAGAAAGCUGAAAUCGGAACGCUAGCGAGCGAAGUGAAGUACAGGCAGUGAACUUGAUGCCAAGGAAGUCCUCCAGAAUACAUAUUGUAACUGAGUGGAGUGCUGAAUUGGAGCACGUGGAGGUUGCCCUAAGUUCGGUAGGUGUAGUUUAUAUUGUAUAAUACCUGUUCUUAAAGGUGCUGAGGGAUAUAUUGGAGACGGCCCUCUAUUGGAGGGGGCGCUCAGCUCUUCGUGACACAUUACCUAGUUCGUUGGAUACCAACUUCCCUGCACUUCAUUGUACUAAGGAUAUGAAAUCCGCAUUAAGCUGCCACCGUCCAACUUAUAAGUCAAAAGCAGCACUAAUUCAAAG